ACACGGAAGUCUCAAAAUUCGCCUGUUUUUUCCUGUGAGGAAGCCGCGCCGUGGAUCCGUCACAUGAUUGCAGUGAUAUGGAAUCGUCCCUCCUGAUGGCCUGAGUUGGAUUAAAGUAAAACUGUUUCGAGUUACCAGACUACCAGCGUUUCAUCUCGCCAUGGAGAGAUUAGAGGCUACAUCAGAGCUCCAGUCACGGCUGUCAUCUCUCUCCUUCUCGUCUUUCCCCGGAAUAACAUCCAAACAGUGCGACAACAGACCGCUGGACAGGCUCCAGAAUACAGAUCUAUCACAGAGCUUUACCCAGUCCAAAAACCAGGAUAAUAUGGAUGAAACCAAGGAGGAUUCAGGGCAGCGUUCAGAGGGUAAUGAAGAGUCCCCUGCUGAGCUGGCCCUGGGGGAAGGAGGCGAGGAGAACAACAGCGCUGGGAGCUGUCAGCUCUCCACUGAGAUGAAAGCCCAGAUGCCACCCCUGAAACCCCCAACUACAUGGACAUCUGCUGCACUGAAGGAGCUGAAGGCAAAGCUUCGACUGGAGAAGGACAGCGUGGUGACAGUGUACCGAGGCGACAUCAUGACAGUUCACGUGCCCACUGUCCCCGAGGCCAAAAAAGUGUGCUGGGAGUUCGCAACUGACGGCUAUGACAUUGGCUUUGGCAUCUAUUUUGACUGGACUCCUGUCACGAACCGGUCUAUCACAGUGCACAUCAGCGAGUCAAGUGAUGACGAAGAUGAAGAAGAGGAGCUGGAAGGGCCUCUCCCCAACGGAGAUAUUGAGAAGGGCUCCAAAACUCACACCAACUCAAACCUGGCUGAAAUCUUACCCGUAUACCGUCAGGACAGUCACUUGUCUGUUUAUGGGGGGAGCCACGAUUUUCCAGGUGAAGGCACUUACCUGGUGAAGUUCGACAACUCCUACUCACUUUGGCGAAAUAAAACUCUUUACUACAGGGUUUAUUACAGUGCCUGAGAUGCCAAUCUAUUGUUUAAGAAUGUUACUCUUAAUAAUGAUGAACUAUUUUUGAUUCUGUACUUGGAAAAAAUGAAAUUAUAAUAUAAAAUAUACUAAAAAUAGGCAUAUCUAUUUUUUAUCACUAUCAGCUUGUGUUGCCACAUGUCAAAUUUCCGUAUAUUGUCAGAUAUUUUUGAAUGCAGCAUUUUCUCCAAUGUUUUGCUGAUAGAUAUUUGAUGAAGCCUUGCAGAGGUGCCAUGUUCCCAUGUAUGCACUGUGCUAUUUGGUCAAGUGCCCAUCAUAAAGCAUAUAUUGUCUUCAGCUGUAACAUUUCUAUUGUAGCAGUGAUCAGGGAACACCUGCACAGAAUAUAUUUCACCAGGCCAGGUGCUUAAAUCAGCAGUGCUCUGAAGAAAUGGAGGUUUUCUGUUGCGUGUGUGUGUGCGUGCACUUUCUAUUGAUUAUGAUUGUUCCGUCGCUACGUUGUUGUCACUUGUAUUUAUCCCUCUGCUUUGUUGUGUAACUUAUUUUUCAUCCAUGUUAAAUCUAAUCAUGUGAUAACAGAGAAUACAAUUAUGAAAUACAAACUCUGUGCACAGACAUGUCUUCUGUGUUCGUGGUGUAUUGGUGAAAGAUAGAAAUUGAAUGUACCGAACCAAGUGGUAACAGUUUUUCAGAGUGUGCUUUUUAUGACACAAAUAAAAGCCAUCCCUUAUCACAGAAAGCUCUUAUUAUGUAAUAUAGAUUCAAUAUUUACAUUUGCCUUUCAUUUGCUGUUUCAGAGGGAAGGGAGCAGUUGUAAUAAUUAAUCUAAAUGUGUUUUGUGCGCAGGUUUAUGUGCGUGAACGUCACUGUGUUUGUUUUUGAAUAUCCUCGGUGCAUCGGGCAUACUUUGGAUCUGAUUGUGUUGAUUAGCUUUGUUUCAUCCUGUUUCUACCACGUUCACUUGUGCGCAUGUUUCCAAAGAUGUCACAGAUUUGGCUGCUAAUGUCGUACACUAUGUAAAGCAACAGGUUUGAAGCCUCCCAUGUUUGCUGUACUGUACCUUCACUGUAUGUUACAAUGAAUUUAUCCUGAGAUUUAUAUCCACAAUAAAUAGAAGAUUGUCUA